AAGAUCGUGGGGAAAAUGUGGUUAUGGCAGUCUCAAGGAUAAUUACUAUGGACAAAAUAACCAGCUAAAUAUUUUCUUUCUUACUGUGGCUUGAUCUUUAACUCACUGAUGCCUUGCUUAAAUAAAUCAGUGUGCCUAAAUUAAAGAUGAGUUACCCUCACACAGAAGGGGAAGAAAAGGUGCCAAAUGAUGAGCUGGAGUGCAAAAUUUGUUACCAGAGAUUUAACAUUCAUAGUCGUAAACCCAAAAUACUGAACUGUCUUCACAGAGUAUGUGCUAGAUGUCUGACUAAAAUACUUCACAUAGGAGAUGGCUGUCCUUGCAUUAGUUGUCCCUUUUGCCGCCAUGAGACAGAGUUGCAUGAAGAUGAAGUUGAAGGACUACCUAAUGAUACAAACGUUAUGUCCAAACUCGUGUUAAAAGACAAAACAAUAUGGAAUUCCGACUGUAAAGAAGUAGUUUUAACACCAAAGAACUUGGCUUGCUCAAGCCCCACUCAUGGAUCUUCAAACUGCUUAGUAAUAACAAUUAUGGAAGUACAGAGAGACUCUACUAGGACUCCAAGCCAAAACACUAUCUCAGAUUAUUAUGCAGACCAUAGCCUUGACUCAGUAUCUAUCAGUUCUCACAGUCAGCUAGACCAAGAUCUCUUCUCUAAGCUUUGUAAUCAUGUACCCAGAAUACUGGUAUGGCUGUUAGGAUUUUUCUACUUUGGCUCACUGCCUCUUGGAAUCUAUUUAUUAGUGAUUCAGAAAGUGACCCUAGGCAUUGUGUGUGUCAGUCUUGUUCCCUCAAGUCUAACUGUAUGUCUUGUGUAUGGUUUCUGUCAAUGCCUCUGCCAGGGAAUGUGUGACUGCUCUUCAAGAAGCUGAGAGGAAUUGCGUUAUCAAACUGUACGUUUUAAUUAAACUUUGAAUGAUAACUACAGACUUCCAAUAUUAUGGACUAUUAAGGUGAUUGCAAUAUGAUUUUAAGUUUUUCGUGGUCCCAUUUCUUAGCUAUAACUAGCACAAAGGCCUAUGUUUAAACAAACAAAAAGCACCACCAGCAUUUGUGUAAACACUAGAAAAUUGGCAAAGUAAUAUUAUUAUUAAAUAGGUGGUAUCUAAUAUCACCUUUUCCUUGAACAAUGUAUAAUUUCAUAAACACCUCAUCGUGUCAAGAAUUCACAGGUGAAAGUGAUAAAAAUGAAAUUGAUGUUUUCUACAUUAUGCUGGUACUAUUUUUUUUAAAAAGAAUGAAGAUCAGAAAUAUUUUGAGUACAACUUUCUAUAAAAAUAUAUUUCAAUUAUCACCUUAAAUUACAUUUUCAAAUUCUGUAUGGUACUUUAUUGGACAUUUAAAUACUCGGAUGAUAACCAAUACAGGAUCUAGAAU